CAUCGUCCUUAAGUUUAGCCAGAAUGAUAAAUGGCUGCAUCAUGUCUUUCCAGACAACUUUCUCACAAAGCAAUCACAGCUUCCCAGUUCUUCGAGUAUUUCCAGCGAGCAUGGUGCGAAUCGCGCCUCUCAUGGGGCGGACGACAGGCCAAUCGCCAUCUCCCUCGUAACCUAGGUUUGGCCGUCAGCGGCGGCGCAGACUCUAUGGCUCUGGCCUUCCUCUGCAAGCAACUACAAGAACAGAACCUCGUAGACGGGUUGACCGUGACAGCCUUUGUCGUCGACCACAAAGCCCGGGAGGAGAGCAGCCGGGAAGCCCGAACUGUAGCUACAUGGCUGAGUGAUAUGGGCCUGCAAGCACAAAUUCUCGAGCUCGAAUGGCCACAGGGUAGUAGUGUUUCCGCGUUCGAGACCCAUGCCCGACGUCUGCGGUUCCAGGCUCUCGGCAUAGCCUGCCGAGACAGACGCAUCAGCGCCCUCCUCAUGGGCCACCACCAAGAUGACAAUGUCGAGACGACCCUCUGGAGGCUGUGUACCGGCGCCCGAGGUGCCGGCCUGGCCGGUAUCCCGCCCAUCGCCCGGAUCCCAGAGUGUCAUGGUCUCUACGGCGUCUCGGAGAGUGGCUCGUCGGCGUUCCUCCGGCCUCGCGACGACAGAGCAGGCGCACCCUCUGCUCUCUUCGGGAACACGACCGCCCAGCAGGUCCAGGACAAGGUCGAGGGCAAGGACAAGCAGCGAGGCUUCCCCAUGGCCACCGGCGGCAUUCUCCUCUGCCGGCCCCUCCUCGCCUUCCCCAAGGCCUCCCUCCUCGCAACCUGCCAUCAACACCGCAUCCCCUACGUCUCAGACCCGACAAACUUCGAUCCAACCCUCACCCCGCGGAACGCCAUCCGCAGCCUCCUGUCCCCGUCUUCCCCGCCACUCCUGCCGCGCGCCCUACAAGCCCCUUCAAUCCUCUCUCUCAUCAAAUCAAGCCACGCUCUAAUCGAGGACACCCUCGCCCACUCCAACGAUCUACUAUCGCAUUGCCGCCUCCUAAACUUCAACCCAAGCACAGGGACAAUGCGCAUCCGAUUCCCCAGUCCACAACCUCAACCGCAGCCGCAGCCGCAACCUCAACUAAUCCGCAGCCCUCACUUCCAAACCCAGCUUCGAGAAGUUCACCGCAGAAGUAUUCCCCUCCUCAUCCUCGUCAUCACCAAAGACCCGCCUCCCCUUCACACUGGGCGGCAUCAUGUUCCACCCUCUCCAACCCACGUCCACGUCCACCUCAACCUCAACCCCAACCAUACUGAAAAUGAGAAUACAUGGCUCCUCACCCGCCAACCAUACAUGCGCAACCGAGCCCCCUCACUAACCCUCGAACUCCCCGGCCCGGAAUCAGAGGGCAUCUACUCGCCCUGGAAACUAUGGGAUAAUCGGUACUGGGUGCGGGCCGCCGUAGUCCCGGACAAGGGGGGACUAGACCCCGACAUGCAUGCGCACUACACGCAGUCCGAGCUCGAUGAGGUCCGUCGGUGCUAUGACGCGGAGGGGUUGUCGCUGGUAGUGCGGCCGCUGCGGCAGUCCGAUUUGCAGGCCAUUCGGGGCAUGGCUGAUGGACAGGGCCGUGGGAAGAAGCAUCAGCAUCCGGCUCUGGCAGCGCUGCUGAAGCGCCUGGCACUCGAAGCUCCGGGGCAAGCUCGCUUCACCCUUCCUGUGCUAGUUGCUCAAAAGGGCUCUGGUGGCAAUGCAGAUCAAGUGCCGCUGGCGCUUCCCACGCUAUCUUGCAGGUUACUUUCCGCUUCUCAAGCGCAAAGUCUACUUCAAAGUGCAAUGCCUUGGACCGUAUGUUGGCAAUGGAUGUACAAGAUGAUCGAUCAGGAUCCUCUCAGAUUGAUGGGUUGGUUAUGA